AUGGCAGAAACCUCAUCAAGAUUAACAAACGAAAAAAGAGGCAGGAAGAACAUCGCUACAUUGUUGUCAUUGAUGGAUUAUCGUGACGAUAAUCCUGAUUCCACUAUCAAAACCAUGCGCGAAAAACUAGUUGGGAUGAAUAGAGAAAAAGAACUCGUGGCUGCUCAAAACUUACCAUGUUCAUCAGCCACCAUUCCAACCGGUCUAAACGCGUUUAUAAGAAGCAUAGGUGGGUCGGAGCCUGAGUUAAUGAUGUGGAAGCGCCUCAGUGACUCAGACGUUACUUGUAGUCAAUGCCGGCUAUUGAUACCGCCCUCAACUCUAGCAAACAAGGAUUUGGGUUUCUUGACAAGCGACGAGAAAAAGAGAUUAAAAAGCAACGAAAACAUAAGUGUGUGGGUGUUUGAUCUUGAAAGGCGUAAACAAUUAAUGUCUUUUAAACAAUGGGGGAAGGAUAAAAAACUUUACGCGCUCAUUAAGGAGUGGAACAAGUUAGUUAGCAUAAAUGGUUUGAAGGCAGACAUGAAUGUGCAAGUUUGGUCCUUUCGAGUUGGUUUUGAGCAACAACUUUGUUUUGCACUUGUUUGUACUGAUCGAUGA